CAGAAAACCAAUUUGUUGACCACUGCACGCUCCCUCCGCCCAAUGCGCUCUUUAAUCGACUGAAAUCGCCUUCGUUCGAGAAUUACCAGUGGCCAGCUGAAGAUUCGUCUCUCAUGUAUCCUAUCUCAGAUUCCCGAGCCCGCGGGGACAUCCUUCAACUCUUUUCAUAGCCCGGCGCAGUGAUCAACAUGUCCGCCGCAGCUGGCACUGUUCGAGCAGCACCGGCCUUCCUCACUCGUUCUCUGAUAUUUACUCCCUCUCACCUAAGUCACCGUGCGGGCAAAUCCUCUCGUCACGAUCCAGCCCUUGCUUACCGUGUCUUUCUAGACCUCCACCAAAAUAUCCGACGAAGCCUCGAUCCUUACAGAUUCAACGCCAGGAACCUGCACUCGUCGCCGCGUCGCGCAGCCACCGUCCCGGCUCCCUCCGCGGGCAUGUCCAACUCCGCCAUCCCUCACAUUUCACUCCACAUCGCGGCGUCUUCGAGCGGGAAAGGCCGAAAAUUCCGUCCAGAACUGAGCACGUACGAGUACGUCCCCAGCGACGACGACGGGCUGGGCCUCCAACGCGGCUCGUCCCUCGAAGAGAAAAGGAUCCGGCGCCCCGAUAGCGGACAAGAUGCAUACUUUGUUGCCCGUGUUGGAAAGGACCCGAACACGACAGCAUUCGCGAUAGCGGACGGCGUCGGCGGCUGGUCCGAGCAUGGAAUCGACCCGGCAGACUUCUCGCAUGGCUUGUGUAGCUACAUGGCGGAGACCACUCUGUCUUGGUCGUCAAAUGAGCGGCUGGGUCCGAAACAACUUCUCGAGAUAGGGUACGAGAAAACCAUCAGUGAUCCGACCAUCCACGCGGGAGGCACAACUGCCUGUGUUGCGGUGACCGAAGGAGACGGCCGCAUGCGCAUCGCCAACCUGGGCGAUUCAGGGUUCCUGCAGUUGCGACUGGGGACCGUCCAUCAUUACUCCAAUCCGCAAACCCACGCCUUCAACACCCCCUACCAGAUGAGCCUGACCCCGCCCGAGAUCCUGGCGCAAGCCAUGAUCUUCGGCGGCCUGCCCCUGAACGACAAGGCCGAGCGCGCCGACUUGGCGGACCACAUGCUCCGGCACGGCGACGUCCUGGUGCUGGCGACGGACGGGGUUUGGGACAACCUCAACUCCCAGGACAUACUGUCCAUCGUGUCUCUGCACAUGCGCGCGACCGGCGCGUGGCUGAGGUCCAAGGACCAAGGGUACACGGUCUCGCCCGUCCUCGCCGAGCUCGUGGACCAGGGCCUCGGCCCUCGCAAGCACAAGCUCCGGAUCUCGGACACGGUCGACGGUUCUGUCCAACAGCUACCUCUCGCCACGGGCACCUUGCAGAGCGUGCUGGCGGCGGCGAUUGUCGGGGAGGCCAAGAACGCCAGCCUCAACGCGAAGCGCGACGGCCCGUUCGCCAAGGAGAUGCAGAAGCAGUUCCCCUACGACCCGUGGCACGGCGGCAAGGUCGACGACAUCGCCGUCCUGGUGGUCGUGGCCGUCGAUGCGAACAAGGCCGGCGACGACACCCAGAGGCUGAAGGCCAAGCUGUGAACAAAGGCCUUCCUCCAGUAGGCGUGUGCGCGGUCCCGAACGCGCGCAGACUUCGACAUGCCCGGUCCUCCCGCCUCGGCCAAGCAGCCGCCCAGCAUCACCACCACCCAGUGAACUGCCGGGCGGUUUAUCCUCCUUUGCUGUCGACAGCAUGCCUCAGAUUACAACAUCCACCUUGGACAAAUUCGACCUCGAAUAGCCCCAGUCGCCCCGUUACCUGGAUGGCCUGACAUGGUGGGGUGGUGUAAAAUGGGAGACGCCUUUCGACGAAGGAGAACCCCCUUCGAUAUCACCAUUUUGCAUUCUUCACCUGUUAUCCUCAUACAUUUUAUUUGGCAUGGCUUUCAUAGAGAGACGGUUGGGACUCAGCAGUUCAGCAUCUGAUAUGCACAUGUCUUCUUAGAUAGAGAUAGAGAAAAUGAUACCCGCAUGUAUAAGUAGAUGGAAGGUUUGAUGUUCA